GUUUCGGGGGGGAGGCAGCCAGAGGUAUGUCCACGGGAAGUUAAGAUCAACAGCUGUGGCUGAAAGCAGGCCGUGCACCGAGGAGCAGGAACCCACAUUUACCUACAGACCUACCUAGCGCCUGAUCUGCCCCUCCUCUGCGCCUCUGCAGCGGCUCUUACCGCCACCAGCCGCUGUCUGCUUGCAGCGGUCCGGCUCCAACAUCUCCAAUGCGCCGCGGCAGCUGCCAGCAGACAUCUGGAGCCUCCCACUACGACUCGGUGCAAUGCAACACAGACUAGUGCUUCCAGGCUGUCCUGCUACAGCUGACGGAGUUUUUUAAUAUUUCGAAGGUUAAAAAAUAUGAUUCACAUCUGGGGCCUUUGCUGUUUUUUUGUUUGUUUCGCUAACUCUGCUGUAGCAGUUCACGUUUCUUCCGUGCGCUUCUAAGGAAGGCUCCUCCGGUUGUUGCUGCAGUUAUUUGUUGGGAUAUUUGAUUACUCGACUGGUGUUUACGUUUUAAGGCAAGCCCAAAAAGCAAUUAAACAUUUUUAAGAGGCUCCAUUUUCUCCGUCACGGUGAACUGGAAGGAUUUACAGUGUCUGCCUGGAGGACCACCGGUUGAACAGAGCCGUUAUUCAAACCGUUACAGCACGAGGAGUUCAUUUUGCUGAAGUGCUCGAGGAGAAAGGUGGGGUGCUUUCACUGUAAACAAGUUCAAGUAUUUAGUGUUGCAGCUGUUUGCGCUGCCAUGGUGAUCUUCAACGGGCAGCUGAAGAUCCAGAUCCGCGAGGCUCUGGACCUCAAACCGACGGCUUGGUCCCUGCGUCACGCCGUCGGCCCCAAGACGCAGACCUUCCUCCUGGACACGUACAUCGCCCUGAACGUGGACGACUCGCGCGUGGGCCAGACCUCCACCAAGCAGAAGACCAACAGCCCCGCGUGGAACGAUGAGUUCACCACGGAGGUGCACGACGGCCGCAGGAUCGAGCUGUCCGUCUUCCACGACGCGCCCAUCGGCUACGACGACUUUGUGGCCAACUGCAUCAUCCAGUUCGACGACAUCCUGAACAACGGCAGCAAGCACUUCGAGGACUGGAUUGACCUGGAGCCAGAGGGGAAGGUGUAUGUCGUUAUCGACCUAUCAGGAUCUUCCAGUGAAGCUCCAGCAGGUUCCCCUGAGAAUGAGGAGCGUGUGUUUCGGCAGCGGAUGCGUCCCAGGAAGCGUCAGGGCGCCGUCCGCCGCCGGGUCCACCAGGUCAAUGGACACAAGUUCAUGGCCACCUACCUGAGACAGCCCACCUACUGCUCCCACUGCAGGGACUUCAUCUGGGGCGUCUUAGGAAAGCAGGGCUACCAGUGUCAAGUGUGUACCUGUGUGGUCCAUAAGCGCUGCCAUGAGCUGAUCAUUACCAAGUGUGCAGGGAUGAAGAAGCAGGAGGACACAGUGGAGGAGCCGGUGGGUUCCCAGAGGUUCAGCGUCAACGUGCCGCACAAGUUCAGCAUCCACAACUUCAAAGUUCUCACCUUCUGCGACCACUGUGGGUCUCUGCUGUGGGGUCUGCUGCGACAGGGGCUGCAGUGUAAAGUGUGUAAAGUGAAUGUACACAGGCGCUGUGAAAGUAACGUAGCUCCUAACUGCGGUGUGGACGCCAGAGGAAUCGCUAAAGUCCUCUCUGACCUCGGAGUCACAAUAGACAAGAUCUCCAACAGCUCCCACAGGCGGAAAAAGCUCCCUCAGGGUCAGGACCCCCAGCAGUCUCUAUCAGGAACGCCUAAGACAGAAGACGAUCGCUCACGGUCCGCCCCCACCUCACCGUGUGACCAGGACGCAAAAGAGCUGGAGAACAUCCGGAAGGCUCUGUCAUUUGACCACCGUGGAGAGGAGCAAAAGAAACAAACCAUCUCCUCCCCUGCAUCCGUUGUAGCCGUAACUGGGGACAGCCAUGAAGGAGGAGGAGGAGGAGGAGGCAGUGGGGGGGUGGAGGGUGAAGGAGGCCGGGAGAACGGAGAGGUCAAAGGUCACAUCGCUGCGGAAAUCAAGAGGAUGAAUUUGCACGACUUUUUGUUCAUCAAAGUUCUGGGGAAAGGAAGCUUCGGAAAGGUGAUGCUGGCGGAGCUGAAAGGCAGCGACGAGGUUUACGCCGUCAAAGUGCUGAAGAAAGACGUGAUCCUGCAGGAUGAUGACGUAGACUGCACUCUGACUGAGAAACGCAUCCUGGCCCUGGCCAGAAAACACCCGUACCUGACACAGCUCUUCUGCUGCUUCCAGACUAAAGACCGGCUGUUCUUCGUGAUGGAGUACGUUAACGGAGGCGACCUGAUGUUUCAGAUUCAGCGAUCGAGGAAGUUCGACGAGGCAAGAUCUCGUUUUUAUGCGGCCGAGGUCACGUCCGCUCUGAUGUUCCUGCACCGGCACGGAGUCAUAUACAGAGACCUGAAGCUGGACAACAUACUGCUGGAUGCGGAGGGACACUGUAAGCUGGCAGACUUCGGGAUGUGCAAGGAGGGAAUCCUCAGCGGAGUCACCACCACCACCUUCUGUGGUACACCGGAUUACAUUGCACCUGAGAUCCUGCAGGAGCUGGAUUACGGCCCGUCAGUGGACUGGUGGGCUCUGGGGGUGCUGAUGUAUGAGAUGAUGGCGGGCCAGCCACCAUUUGAAGCUGACAAUGAAGAUGACCUUUUUGAGUCCAUCCUCCAUGAUGACGUCCUCUACCCCGUCUGGCUCAGCAAGGAGGCCGUGUCCAUUCUUAAAGCGUUCAUGACUAAGAGUCCUAACAAGCGGCUGGGCUGUGUGGUGGCUCAGGGUCUGGAGGAGGCCAUCAAGCUGCACGUCUUCUUUAGAGAGAUCGACUGGACGCUGCUGGAGCAGAGGAAGAUCAGACCACCAUUCAAACCACGCAUCAAAACCAAAAGGGAUGUGAAUAACUUUGACCAGGACUUUACACGUGAAGAACCCAACCUGACGCCGGUGGAAGACAGCAUCAUCAAGCAGAUCAACCAAGAUGAGUUUAAAGGAUUCUCCUACUUUGGAGAUGAGACUGUGGCCUAGACACACACACACACUGACACUCAAAUAUGAUUAACAACAAACAUACAUACACACCACACCACGAAAAUCUUCAAGCAACGAUAAAAUAUUUAAAGAAACAUGGCCUCUGGAAUGAAGCCUCCUGAACUUUUCCAGAUUCUGACCACUCCAAGAAUUAUACUAGACCAUGUGUAUCUUUCUCUUUAUGGUUUCUGUGCCCUUGUUGUUUGUCCAUUUGUGCAUAUCCCAUCAAACUAUAUGCUCAAGCAGCGUGUAGCUCAGAUACUGUAAGAAGUGCUCAUUCGCUUGGAUCGGAGGGAUUUCAGAUGCAGGUAAAGCAAACUGUGUUUUCACAGGGAUGUUUGAAGUUGAGACAUAGGCAAAGCUAGUGUGUGUGUGUGUGUGUGUGUGCGUGUGUGUGCGUGUGUGUGUG